AGCCUGAGAUCGGCUUGUGUUCCUCUCCGCUCUACUCGGAGCCGGGAGGGGGGAGGAGGAGAAAAAGGUGGUGGCGACGGCAGCUGCUGCUGAUACUGCUAUUGGCAGCGCCCUUCAACAAACAUGUUCGCCUGCGUGCGCUUCCUGCAGGACCAAGUGCAUCAUAUUAUACCCGUGUCCCACAUUAAAAAUUUCCACCCCGCAUCCAAGUGCGACUUCAACAAGAAACAAGUUUAUCGACUGUCGCUGCCGGGAGUGGUACCGGGACCGGCUCCGGCACCAGGGCCCGGGGCAGGAGAGCCGGAAACAGGCACCGUUACUAAGGGGGGGCACUGCCGGAAGGCCCAGAUUCUUGCUCUGGGAGAUAGCAGACAAGAGCUGGAGAAGUUUUUGAAACUGAAAAAGUGCAAAGUGCCAAAAAUAAUUGAAAGUUUCAUUGAAGUGUCUGAAUCAGAAGAUGGUGACAGCACUGAAGAUGAAACGCAUCAAUUCAACAAUAUCCAGGAACAAGAUGUCUCCUGCUUUGAAGAUAGCAGUGAUGAUGAUGAUGACCAAACACUAAAGAUUUUUGAUGAACUAAAACAUAAGUACUCUCGGGCCAAGGCCAACAAUAAAAGAUUGAUUCAGGAACUUAAAAAGGUUACUGCAAAACUUCGAUUUGCUGAAGAAAAGCAAAAAGAAUAUGAACACUUGGCAUCUGAACUACAGCGACUGAGGGACCUUAAUAUGGAUCUUCAAAAUGCACUGCUUUUGAAGUUAUUUAGAUUACCAGAACAGUACCAUGGGUCAAAUCCUGAGGAGGAGCUAAUCGACAACACAUCAGCGCAUCAACUAAUUUCAAGUACUCCAGUAACAUCUAUUCUGCAAGACCACUUGAACAUGCAGCAAAGAGUUUAUCCCUCCAAGAAAAGUCCACAUUCUCUCCUUCCAACUCCAAGUACCUCUGAUCAUCUAGAGAGUCAGAUUGAAAAUGGGAACAACAUGGUACCAUGUCCCUGGGCUUCAACCCAAGCAAUUGCUAUGACUCAGCCUAACAUUUACUCUGUUCAGGAUGGAAAGGUUCACAUUGGAGCUAAUAUAUGGAUUGAUGAGGACAAGUGGGAAACUGUGAAACGCCAGCCAAGUGAUUCAAGAUUUACAAAGUGCUUGGCUGUAGCUGUGUGGGGAGUGGAUACCUUGAAGGACAGAAGUGUCACUGGAAUUGCAUGCAACUCUACAAAGUCGUCACCCAAGCCACCUCUUUCCCCUUAUAAAGUACAGAUUAUUAAAGAACAAUUACUGAACAGAAUACGACAAGAUGCCAAAGAUGACAAUGAGAUUCACAAGCGACUAAAUAAAGUUAAUCGAUACAUUGGAGAAAAAAUAAUGGACAUUAAUAAGCAGUGGCGCAAAGCCAAAGCAGAAAUAUCAAAAUUUAGGAACUGUGAGUGUGAAAUAGGAUUAAAAUGUGAAACUCAUGCACAUUGUGAGAGAUCUGAGGUACCCAUCAAGGAAGAGAUUGAAACCUUUAUCUAUGAAUAAUCUUGUAACAACUUAUACCUUGCAUGAUCAGAACAUUCUGUUCAUGGCUAUUCCAGUUAUUAUUAGUAUAUAACUGUUAUUUAAUUUGAUUAUAGUGAAAUUUUCUCGUUUUUCAUAUCAUUUAUUUACCAUAAUAUGGUACUACAGAAAGCCUUUUCCUGUUAAUUUGUAUGUAGCUGUCAAGUUUUAAAUCUCAAUGUUAAAUCAUUGUACAGGCAAUUAAGCAACUUGUAGAAUUCUACAGAAGGAAGCCAUUUAGCCCAUUGCACCUAUGUUGCCUCUCAAAGCUUCUAGUUAUUCCCCAUGACUUACCCUUUUUACAUAUCUUUUAAAUUAAAACAUUCAUCCACUUCCCUGUUAACACCUAUUAAAGAUUCUGUUGCCAAGUCCUAACAGUUGAGUUUAAAAAUAAAUAAUUAUUUUGGCCUUCUGUUGUUUUUGGCAAUGAUAAAUUUCAAUCUUUUAUUUGAUGGAUUAACGAUUAAUUGGAUGUAGUUUUCCUUAUUUACUUAAUCCAAGCUCAUUGUUCUGAAUACUGCAAAAGAUCUCAUCAAGAUAUUGGCUGUGAUCUUAGGAAAGACUGUAGUGUUUCCUUAUAACUAAAUCUUUUCACCUCUGGCAUGAUCUUUGUGAAUCUGUUCUGUACUCUGACUGUGACCUUGAUGUCCUUCCCAAAGGAAGUUGAACAAAUCCAAAUAUAAAAUUAAAAGUGUGUCUUAACUAAUAUUAUGUAUAGACUAAGCCUUACCCCCUUGCUUUUGUAUUCUUUGUUGCAAUUUAUAAAAUAUAGAAACUUGCAUACCUCUUUUAUACAGCUUUAUCAACUAUCCAUUCUUUGGAUUUGGCCAUCACUGUCAGAUCUGGCAUUUAUCACCGAUCACUAGUCACCCCAGAAGAAGAUCGAGAUGAGCCUUUUUGUUUUGCUGCAGCUUAUCUGGUAAAGGUAUUAUCAUGAUGCAGUUAGGUAGAGGGUUUUGAGAUUUUAGCACAGUGACAACGUAGGAAUCACAAUAUGUUUUCAAAUUGGGGUGACUUGUACAACUUGGAAGGAUAUUUUUAGGUGAAUAUUUUUCCAUUCGCCUGCUGUCUUCAUUCUUAUCAGUGAUAGAGGUUAAGACAUUGGUAGAGAUGCAGGAAUUGCCUUGGGACGGUGCUUCUGUAAAUCUGCAGGUAGUAAAUACUGCAGCCGUUAAGAAGGUAUUUAAGGUGGUGGCUAGGGUGUUGGUCAGAUUACUGCUGCAUCCUAGAUUAUGAAAAGCAUUUUGACAAUUUAACAGCGAUACACCCAUCCAGGCAAAUGGGAAAUAUUUCCUAACUUUUGCCUUGUGGAUGAUGGAGGCUUUGGAGAGUCAUGAGGUAAGCUACUCAUUUAAGUGGCAAGUAAUAUUCACAGCACACAGCCAAUUAUUCGCGGUGUCCAGAUCUUGCUACAUGUGGUCAUGGACCCUUUUUUAUGGGGAAUUGCCAGUGAAGAUGAAUGUUAUCAUUAGCAAAUAACCUCCCUGCUAACUUUAGAAGCAGCUGAACAUAGUCAGGUUUAAGGAUGCUGUUCUAAGCAACUCUUGGUCCAAUGUCUUGCUGCUAAGGUAAUUGGUCUUAAAUUGUCACAGUCAUCUUUCUUUGUACUAAGUAUGACACUGACUGCUGAAGAGUCCCCCCUGCCUUUCAUCACAACCACCACUACUUUCAAUCUCCAGUAUUACCAUUAAAUAUACUUUAAUGAGAGCUUUUUGAUGUGGACUCGGUUAAAUGCCUUGAUGUCAAGAUAGCCAUUCUUGGCAUUGAACCUGUGUCCUCAAGUUUAUGGAUGUAUCGAAUUCUGCCAAGUUCUGUUUUUUAUUAUUUUACUGUAUAUUUCCAUUGAUUCUUUUCUCCAUGAUUUGUAUGUCUCCUCAUUAAAUUUCAGCUUGCAUCA